UAGGAUAGGCGAUGCACAGGUGAAUGAUAUAUAGAGCGAGUACCUUUUCUCUUUGUCCUGGAUAAAACUGUGACCUAUUGAUAAAAACAAAAAUAUGUAAAGAUCAUAUGCGAACUAAUUAAAUAGAACAACACUUAAUAUGAUAAGUACUCAAAAUUACCACAAUACUUAUAUUAUAUCGUUCAAAAAUAUCAUUUGUCUUCUAAAAAUUAGUAAAAUACGAUGUUAAAAUUGUCUGUUCUAGGCGUUGCGUUGAUCGCUUUGGCAGCUUGGACCGAAGGAAAUACUGGCUGUAGAAAUGGCAUGGUAUGCAUGGAAUCGUUCACGUAUACAGUUACUAACCACCUGAUUUGGCCAUAUUUCAACAAUUCCAUUGCAUUCAAAAUAGACGGAAACAAACCUGUCAUUCAUUAUAUGCAGCAAGCUUGCGAAAUGGAGCCGAAGCAAUUUAUAAAUUUCACGGCAACAUAUUAUCACCAAUAUGGUUACUACAUCGAUGCAAUAAAUGGCAUCCGUGAUAAUUAUUACAACAAUGGAACAUACUGGGAGUUCUGGAAUGCCACUACCGCACUAAAUGUCGGUGUAAGCUACUACAUACCAAGCCCAGGUGAUCGCGUGUUGCUAAAAUUUACUGUUGAUUCCAGUAAACAAUCAACUAAAAGACACUACAAAAGAACGGCAAAUGGGAGAUUAUCUUAGAAUAUUAUAAAAUGUCUGAAUCACAUUAAACUUUAAAAACACUGA